AUGCAGGACUUCAAGGGCAAGAACAAGCAGAAGGAUGGCCCAGUUAAUAUAGAAAAACCUCCUGACCCUGUUACUGAUUCCCCAGUACCGUUUGUGACAUGGCGGUCUCUUGUGCUGGGAGCAUUCGUCUCCAUUGGAGGGAUUAUCUUCGGCUACGAUACAGGCCAAAUCUCAGGAUUCCUUGCCAUGGACAAUUACAAGCGUCGUUUCGGGCAACGGCAUAGUGACGGGACAUACUAUUUCAGUAACGUUCGCUCCGGACUCAUUGUGGGCUUGCUCUCAAUUGGUACUCUGCUCGGUGCCCUGCUAGCCGGUCCGUUGGCCGACCGUAUCGGGCGGAAAUGGUCCAUUGCCUUCUGGUGUGUCAUCCUUGAUGUUGGCCUCAUCAUCCAGAUUUCAUCGCCGUUCGGCAAAUGGUACCAAAUUAUGAUGGGCCGGUUUGUCACUGGGUUUGGCGUGGGGGCUUGCUCUCUCCUAGUUCCUCUGUACCAGGGAGAGAGUGCUCCUCGACAAAUCCGAGGGGCUAUGGUGUGCUCCUACCAGCUGUUUGUCACGCUGGGGAUAUUCGUCGCCUAUUGCAUCAAUUUCGGGACGGAAAGUAUCCAAAAUACUGCUUCCUGGAGGAUCCCACUCGGCAUCACGUUUCUCUGGAGCCUGCUUCUGGGGUUCGGCAUCCUAAUGUUCCCCGAGAGCCCUCGGUACAAUUUCCGGCACGGGCGGAUUGACGAGGCUAAAAGGACCAUGUCCAGGUUGUACGGGGUGCCUGAGAAUCACCGCGUGAUCAUGGACGAACUGGAAGAAAUAAAAGAGCAGCUCGAUGCGGAAAUGGCAGCGAAACGCGGCUGGCGAGGCUGGGUCGAGAUCUUCCAAGGACCGAGGAUGCGAUACCGGAUCUUCCUGGGGAUGGCUCUUCAAGCGCUGCAGCAGCUCACGGGGGCCAACUACUUCUUCUACUACGGAACCGUGAUCUUCAAUGGAGCAGGCAUCAGCAACGUCUAUGUGACGCAGAUGAUCCUGGGGGGAGUCAACUUUGGCACGACCUUUGGAGGCUUAUACAUUAUCGAGCAUUUUGGCCGCCGCAAGUCGCUUAUGACAGGCGGUAUUUGGAUGUUUGUCUGCUUCAUGAUCUUUGCUUCCAUCGGGCACUUCAGUCUCAAUAUCUCAACCCCUCAAGAGACGCCUGGGGCGGGAAAGGCAAUGGUUGUGUUUGCCUGCCUGUUUAUUGCCGGCUUUGCAACCACCUGGGGACCGAUGGUAUGGGCCAUUGUCGCCGAACUGUAUCCCACACGGUACCGAGCGCGGGCGAUGGCGAUGGCAACAGCGUCGAACUGGCUGUGGAAUUUCCUUCUCAGCUUCUUCACUCCCUUCAUCACGGGCGACAUCGACUUCGCGUACGGCUAUGUGUUUGCCGGUUGUCUUGUUGUCGCCGUGUUGGUCGUCUACUUCUGCGUCCUGGAGGGCAAAGGCAAGACCCUCGAGGAGAUGGACAUGAUGUACAUCAUGCGCAUCCCCGCGUGGCGGAGCAGCAAAUGGGUUCCUCCUCCGCCCGAGGAACGAGUCACAACCUCCCACGUUCUCGAUCAGCGAAUGGCCCAGAAGAUGCAAGACAGCGAUGCCGAGGCAGACCAAGGGGACCCGGACACGGCCAAGCCCCGGGCCACGCAGCAUCGCGAAGGGGACGAGCAAGGUGCUUCGUCUUCUUCUCCACUGUAG